AUGCUCCAAUCACAUGAGGUAGGCUCGGUGGAGGGAACGCAAACAGUUUUUACCACACUCAUACACGCUAGCACGAGGGGUUGGCUUAUCAUUUCAUCAAUGGAUUACCGUAUAAACGCCAAACAGGUGAUCGAGGAUAAGAGAGAUCCUGCUCGCACUGCGGAAGUUUACGAAGCGAACACAGAACAGACAAGGAAAGCCGACGAAACAGCAGAUGACCAAAGCAGUCAUCUUUUCCUGGACAUCUCCUGUUGUGUGGAUGACUAUGUGGAUGAAGAGGGGGAAAUCCUUGCUGAGGAGCAGAGUGAAGGCUAUCCUCACAUACAAGAUGGGGAGAAGCAUGGAAGUGAUCAGGCCAGAAGUGAAAAACCAGAACACUUGUUGAUGAUGAACCUUUUGGCCAUGAUGAAAUUGACUGGUAUCCUCCGUGACGACUUCUUACAGUAUGUGGUUUGUCCAAAAUGUAUGACAGUGUACAUGCUUACUGAAACCUAUGAGCUCAGACGGGAUGGUACAAAGGUUUGCAGGACUUGUGGUCACAUCCCAUUCUACAAUCACCCACAGCAGAGGUCUGCAUUAAGGAAGAAAUGUGGCUCUGCCUUGCUAAGCAAGGCUACAUAUUUGAGCAGUGAAGAGUAUGUCCAUCCAAUACGUUCUUACUGAUACAAGAGUGUUGUGCAGUCUCUGGGAGGACUUGUUAAAAGACUUGGAUUUGAAGAGAAAUUAGAUGAAAGGCGAAAG